AGCUCUGAAACGGUAUUUAAAACAAUAGAACGCGUGAAGGAUUAAUUGUAAAAGGAUUUGGACAAGGACUUUUUUUAAUAUAAAACUCAUUAUUUCAUAAAAAGAAACUUCAACCUAAUUAUGGUUAAAAUACCUUUGGUUCCACAAUGGAAUCUUAACAAUGGUUGUGUUUGUACACCGGAUGGUGGUUUCCUGUAUGCAGGAUCUCGUAGCAUUAAUUUUAUUAGUUCUAUAGAGGCCGACAGUGAGACACCUAAAAUACAAUGCUUCCACACACGCCAAGGCAUACUCAGCUUAGAUGUAGAUCCGCACUGGGGUCAAAAGGACAGUGAUUGCGGCGAUAUUGGUUCCAGUGAAGAGUUAGACAAAAAUACAGCUGCUGGUGGUAAAGAGAAGGAGCCAGCAAAAUUGUUUGCCGCUUUACUACAAGAUAAUUCUGUACAAAUAUGGGAUUUCAAUAAAGGUUGUGCUAUACAGGGUCAUAAAGCCCAUUUGGCUUAUAUGCGUUAUAUGGAGGGCAAUGGCCCUUCACCACAGCAUGCCGGUGAAGUGCUCAUUAGUUAUAUGUGUAACAGAAAUGUGCUUUCGGUAGAUAAUCAAGAUAUAGUGGUAUAUUGUGUUGCUUCAAAUUCAUUUUAUCGUCGACCCAUGUUUAUAUCGUCAAGAAAUCAUCAAAUGACUUCAUUGAAAUGCUCUCCGUAUAAUGAAAAUCAUUUUGCUAUUGGUACCAAGCGAGGUUUGGUGUUAUUGUGCGAUCUUCAGAAAAUGGCCACCUUAUAUACUCUUAGAGGCCAUGACACUUCCAUAACAUCAUUGGCUUGGAAUCGUGUAGACAUAACAAACGAUAUUGUAGUUGAAAAGCCGGCGGAGGCGCCAAAACCUAAAGUUGCUCAAAAGCCACAAACUAAAGCGGCAAAAUUUACUAGAUCAGAUCGUACUAUAGACACAGACGACAUUUUUGAUAUUUAUGACUAUGAUUAUUUGGAUAAUGAGUUUGGCGCUCCAAGUCAGGAAAUGAGAUUGAGAAAUGAUUUUGUUUCAGAUUUUGUGGGUAUAGAAAAACCCACAGAAUCUUCUACAACCGCAAAAUUUGAUUUUGCUGAAGCUUGUCAAAGUCUCAAAGAGGAAAUUAAUGCCUUAAGAGAUGAACCAGUUCAUACAUCACCCGAACAAACAAUAAGUUUGGAAGAGUGUAAAUUGGCAGCCAGUAGCCGGGAUGAUUUAUCCUCGUGCGGCAGUGAUGGAGAUGACGAAGCUGAUGACAAAGGCAAAGACCAAUUAUCCGAUAAGGAAUCAUCUGAUGGUAGUUUGGUGCGUUUAGCAUGUCGUACUCCUUCUUCAGAAGAGAGUGUAGACGUCGACGGUAUGCAUCGUAAUAAACAGCAGAAUAUAAUUUGUCAAGCGGAGGUGCAUAGCAGUCAAUCGCAAGAUAAUGAACAACUGAAAACUAGCGACAAUUUGGGAGUGCAUUCCACAGAGGAUGAUAUACAAAUUAUAAGUGAAAUUAAAUGCUCAAACAAUGAAAAGGAGUCACAAGAAGAAUUAAAGAAGAAGGAUAAUGAAGUCUAUGAUAUUUUAUUGGCCUCUAGCAGCGCUGACGGAGGUUUUUGCAUUUGGAAUGCUACUACUGGGGCCACAUGUGAUUCACAUAAAGUUCGUUCUUCUCAUGGAGGCAAAAAUACUCACAUUGAAAUCUCUUGGAUUUCACCUACCUCAGUAAUAGUCAACAAUAAAGCCGGUGAGUUGCAAAUGUGGUGUAUGCAACCAUUGACUAAUACCCAACUCUCUAAACAAUGUGGCUUUAGGCCGUACAAGUUUAAGGAAACAAAACGACGUUGGUCUCAACGUUCUGUGAUCUCAUUUGCCUGUUCACCCAAACAACAUUUAGUUUGGAGUAUAUCAUCCUAUCGUGAAAUCUCUAUGGAGAAUAUACAAUUGAAUAAAAUAAUAUUAAACUAUAGUUGUGUUUCAACAAACAUAGGUGCAAUGCAGGAAUGUCCCGACGAUAUGAAUAAAAUUGCUUUGGGUUUUUCGGAUCGUCGUAUUGGCAUAAUAGACAUUUCCAAAAUGACCACUACUUCUGUGCAUAUUGAUAAUUUUGUACAACGCAUUGAAUCGAAUGUUAUGUCUUUGGUAUGGAGUCCAGAUUGUAAAAAAUUAGCCUAUGGUACAAUGGAGGGAAGAAUUGGCAUACUCAAUAUAGAAGGUUCUAAUAAACAACCCUUUACUUAUAAUUCAAUUUGCGGCAAACCCAUUUAUUCCAUUAGUUGGCAAGAUAAGUUCUUAUAUGUAGUCUGUAAUGAUCGUAUAGCAGUUUAUGAAGAUGAUGCCAAUAAAAGAGAUCCCUAUGUUAUUCCCGAUAUUGAUAGCGUAGCGUGUGUUUCACUACGCAACAAUUAUCUUUUUGUUGGCACACAAAACGGUCAACUAAAGUUGUAUGCACGUACGGGUAGCACCUAUUUUCAGUAUGAACUUAAAACGACAUUAGAUUUGGCACCACGCUAUAUAAGUGACAUAUCUUGGAGUCCCAUAGCGACAAAUAAAUUGGCGGUUGUAGCCAAUGCCAAUAAUAUACAUAUUCUGGAAUUUAAUUAUGAAACAGGGGACUUACAAAUUACACGUAAAAUUGAAAUCAAUGCCACAAAAGCGGCCAACGGUUGUGCUAAGUGGAGUAAUCGUAAUGAGAAUUAUUUUCUAACGUGUGGUUUUGAUGGUGCCGUGCGUAUAUGGGACUUAUCGAAUGACAAAAAUCCCGAACAUUUUGUUAAAAUCUAUCAUUGUCCCAUGACAUGUGGUCUUUUCUUGCCUACCGAUGAGGAGGUUAUUUUAUGUUCUGGCAAAAGUGCUGCAUUGGAAUUUAUAGAUAUGCGUGUUGAACGAUUAGAGGGUAAUACAGGAAAAUCUAAACGUGCUAAUCCUCGUACAUUGGAUACUGUACAAUGGGCUACAAAAGCUUUAACACGUAACGAUGCUAAAUCACAGUCAGUGGAUAAAAAACUUAAUCGUAAACUUGCCAAAACACCGGAUGGUAAUAUAGCUGUGGAUUUGUUGGAAAAUAAGGUUGCAACUGAUGCUAAAAUAGAGAAUGGUGUGGCGAACAGUGAAGAGGUAUCAACUAUGUUAGAAAAGCUACAUUUACAAAAAGCCGAAAGUUCUCUAAGUGGUGCAUCUAUUUAUAUGAAGAAUCCCUUAACAUUAUUGUAUCUUACUACAAAAGAAAUUAAUAAAGAUGCCUUGGACUUAAUGUUUUCCAUAUUAAGUUCUCCCAAAUCUUGUGGAAAUAAAUCCCUAAGUGCCAAACUGUUUGGAACCAAAGCAGAAGCAAAAGAAGUACUGGCAGAUGAAUUAAAAAAUCAUCAGGGUAGUGAAACUAAAGGAAUCUCUAGUUUGUUUAUGCCUCAAUUGACCGGCAAUCUCAAAGAAGAAAUACUCAAAUGUGUACAGGCUAAACAGCUUUGCGAGUGGCAUGUUUCUUUGGCACCAAGUAUUUCAUAUAGUUUUUGGCAAAAAUGUUGUCAAGCCUAUGCUGAACAACUUAUCGAACAGGGUUAUGCUUUACAAGCGGCUGCUUAUAUGUUGGCCAUACAUCAACAGCAAGAUGCCAUAGAAAUGUUAAUGGAAAAGAAAUUCUAUAAAGAGGCCUUACUUAUAGCACGCAUAUAUCUACAACCCGAAGAUCCUCUUAACAAUACCAUUAGUGAACAAUGGAUAACACAUUUAUAUGCUAAUGGUAAUCUAACUGGUGCCGCCUUAUUGUGCUUGCUAACGAAACAAAAUAAUCGUGCCUAUGAAUGUUUGGCUAAAAUACGUAAUACCGCUCCCGAAAUUGAGCGUGUUAUACGUCUCUUGAAAUCAUCGGAUAUUUAGAUAUAAAUGCAUUUUUUUAUCAUCAACAAUAGAAGUCGUUAUAGUGAAAUUAAAAGAAUUAUAAUCAGUAUUCCCUAAAAAAAACAAGUUGAAUUAAAUUGUUAACAAUUUUCCAUUAAAUCAGUAAGAAUAUUUUAUUUUUUGUUUUCUUUUUUCGUUGAUCAUUUUUUUUUAAUUU